AUGAAAGUAACACAUUUAAUAUGUGUGACAAAUCAACAGAAUACAAAGACUGAUUCGAGAAAAUCAACAGAAAGAACAGAUGGUGGGCCAUAUUCGUGUAAAACUACUCACAUUUUUUCUGGCAAUAAGUCUGGUGGCAAGACUUUAAUUAAAUACGACCUUGAUGACACUUUGGAAAUCAAGCAAGAAUUCAUCCAGGGUCCAGUGACAAUUGCUGUCCAGAAACGAAAUGAAACAAAUGAGUCCAAAUUUUGUACGGUAUAUAUAAAGGAAGAUGAUGCUUUAGAGGUUAACCACAAACCGCAGACCAUGAAGAAGCAGCAAGAUCAGGAAUCAGGACAGGAAAAGAAGCACACUUGCGAAAAGUGUGCCCGCAGUUAUAAACGGAAAAGUCAUUUGAAUCAACAUAUAAGAUAUGAAUGCGACGUCAAACUACAGUUCAGAUAUGGUUGGCCAUAUUCUUAUACAACUACUCACAUGCCUUCUGUCAAUAAAUCUGGUACCAAGACUUUAAUUAAAUACGACCUUGAUGACACUUUGUACAUAAAGCAAAAAUUCAUCCAAGAUCCAGAGACAAGCCAGACAACCCAUGAAGGUAAUAAAACAAAUGAGUCCAAAUUUUAUACUGUAUACAUAAAGGAACAUGAUGUUUUGGAGGUUAAGCACCGACCACAGACCGUAAAGAAGAAGCAAAUUCAGGAAUCAGAACAGGAAAAAAAGCACACAUGCGAAAAGUGUGCCCGCAGCUAUAAACGAAAAGUUCAUCUGAAUCAACAUGUGAGAUACGAAUGCGACGUCAGGCUACAGUUUAGAUGUACAUUUUGCGGAAAAGAAUUUAAACGGAAAGGUGACCUGAGUAGACACGUCAGUCAAAUACAUAUUAAAAAAAUUUUUUUAAAAUUGGGAAUGAAGUAUAUUUGCGAAAAAUGUUCUCGAAGUUAUCUUUCAUUAAGUGGCUUGCAUCAUCAUAAACGAGUAGAGCAUGCGGCAGUCAAACCGCAAUUUAUUUGUGAUUUUUGCGGAUAUAAGUCGAAUAGGAAAACCACAUUGAUAAAUCACAUUUUAAAAAUGCACUUAUAGACAAUCGAAAAAUAAUUUUUUCCGAUAUUUGCGAAUAUAAAUUGAAAAGGGAACGUAACUUGUAAAAACACGUAACUUCACAUCACUUAGGGACAUCGAAAUAAAUGCAUAAUUGUUACAAUUGUUCUUGAACUUGUAUUUGUUUAAGUAAUUAAAACCAACAUAAACAUUGAGAAUUACACCAUAAUCUCGACAUCAGGCAAAUGA